GAGCUCGGUAAAAUAAUCACUGGUACAAUUGGUUAUAAUAAUGGUUGUUUCCAUUAAAUCAAUCGCGUUCUUUAGGUAAAAGUAGGUCACUACAAGGUAAUGAAUUCCACUCAACGAGGGGAGACUGAUAUCAUGCAUCAUCACGACGGCAUCGUUUUCGUUACUUGAAGGAUGGACGUCAUCAGACACAUUGUGGCUGAACUCAAUCCAAAUCUAAAAAUGUAUUAAUUUGGCCGCUCCGGCAAAACUUUACAAACUGUCGAAGUGACGCACCAAUCGUUUUACAACAGCUUGACCUUCAAGUGCUUGCAACCUCCAUCAGUGGACGAUACCCUUGAAGCGCCGUUUUUUGUAACAGGAUGAAUAAGGUUAUGUACAAUCCAGGACGUAUUCAACUGUUCAAUCUACUGAACGGAAUAUUAUGCGUUUAUAAAUCACCUGGGUUGAAUGUUGAAAAAUUAACCAGAAAUGUGAAAUGCUCUUUGGCAGAUGCUUUUAAUUCACUUCCAGCUGAGAAACAGUCGAUCAGAACGAUCAUUCAGACAUCCGGUGAUGUCAACUGUACUCUACCAAAAAUAAUUACAGAACCUGAUAUUGUUGAUAGUGAUCUUGUAUUGGGUAAACGUUUUCUUCCAGGAGAUGUUAUGUUAUAUCCUAUUGAUCCCCUUAGUGAUUUUAUGUCUGGUGUGCAAGUCUAUGGUAUUGGAGAAGAUGGUAUUUACAAUUAUGCUGAUAAGUUCGAACAAUCUUCUUGGCUUAAAACCUAUCACUUAACAUGCAUGAUGGGACGUGCAUCAACUGAUGGAACAGCCAAUAGUACAACAUUACUAAGAGCUUCAUGGAGACAUGUUCAAAAAUGCAAAAUAGAUCAGGUUCUUGUUGGACUACAAGCUCAAUUCAAUGCUUCUGGAUUAUUACAAGCAGGACUUCGUCCUAAUUCACAAAACGCAUAUCUAGCACUGUGUGGUCGUAGAGCUGGCAGUGAUCUUCGUCCGGUAAAACCCACACACGGCGUAGAAGAUUAUGAAGGAGAGGAACAGUUACUUUCACCAUGGGAACGUUCAAUGCCAGAUGAAAAUCGAAAUCCCGAAACACUACCUGAUCGUAAGUAUGAGUGGGAAGAAGAAAGAAGGCGAAUGGCACCUUAUGUAAAUGCGAUUUGUUGUGUGGAUUUUGAUCCUCCGUUUUUUACAAUUGGUAUGUUGAUUUUUAUUUAAUCCGCAGAAGUUUUUGGGUUUUACAAAAUGCUAAGAUAUUUAUUCUGUAGUUUUUGUAAAAUGUUGUUCUCCUUAAUUAUUAAAAUGAAUCAGAUUUUUUCGUAUACUUUCAUUGGUUAUGAACAUUUGGUAGGUACAGUGGAAUGUCAGGAGUUGGUUUUUCACUUUUGAUUAUGAUUACUAUUAGCUCAAAUAUGUUCUAUUUCUUCAGAAUCUUAAAUUUUGUUUUCAUUAUUAGGCUUCAAAUCAGUUAUUCAAAUGUACUAUGUAAAUGUCUGUACCCACCAGUUUAGUGCCUAAACGUUUCUGCUCAUUCUUUCACUCUUGUUCUCAAUAUCCCUGUUAUACUAUUAAAAUAUAUACGAUUCCUGUGACUUACUUCAUAUUUCAUAUGUAUCCAGCUCACUUACCUACGCCUGUCACCCCUCAUGAAGGAGCAUAGGCCACCGAUCAGCAUUCUCCAUCAAACUCUGUUUUAGACAAUUCUUUCCAGUUACUAUUUAUCCUUUUGAUGUCUGCUUCCGAUUCUUGACUCAGUGUAUUCUUUGCCAUUCCUCUUUUCAGUUUCCUUUCAGGAUUCCAAGUUAGGGCUCAUCUCUUGAUGCAGUUUAGUGAUUUCCACAAUGCAUGUUCUAUCCACCUCCACCAUCUUUCCCUAGUUUCCUCUUCAGCUGGGAGUUGGUAUAUUCUCUCACACAGUUGGCUACUGCUGAUGGUGCCCGGUCAACAAUCGACAUUGAGUAUCUUGUGAAGACAAUUGUUUAUAAAUGCCUGUGCCUCUUUGAUGAUGGUUGUAGUAGUUCUCCAAUUUUCAGCUCCCUACAGUAGAAUCGUCCUAAUGUUCGCAUUGAACAAUGGGACUUUGAUAUUGGUUGAUGGCUAUUUCUAGUUCCGUAUGUUUUUCAACUGUAGGAAUGCUGCCCUUAUAUUGUCAAUCCUCGCCUUUACGUCUGCAUCGGGUCUUCAUUGUUCAUCGAUGAUACUGUCCAGGUGCGUGAAAAUUUCAACAUCCUGCAGAGUUUCCUGAUUAGGUGUGAUUGGGUCGCUAUUCUUCGUAUUAUAUUUCAGGAUCUUGGUUUUCCCCUUGUGUGUGUUGAGGCCCAUUGAUCCAAAGUGUUGUGACUUUAUGUCCGGCUAGUUAUCACGUGGUUUAUCCACCUUUCAAAAUACGACUUAUAAAAUCUUAGCACUGUGCCAAACCAAUGAUCUUCGACCGGUAUGAGCAGCCUAGCGUCCUUAUUGGUCCUAUGUUCGCCUAACCCGUCCACUUGAGUCCAGAACACAAAUACCAGCUUCCAAUAUGCGAAUCGAAUCAUUUAUUUCAGACAUACUGGGUUUAUAUAUCAACCAAACAAACCGCAACACAUUAUAAAAUAGGAAAUAACAUUCAUACACAAUAAAGCCAAAAAGUGGCUGUGAACGUGGGAGGCAGUAGUCAGUAAACUGAACAUAGCUUAAGAACAGUAAAUCGUACAAUAAUAAAAUAUAAAUCAAAAUAAAGCUUAUGGCAGGGGGAAUAUAUACAUAAUCUAGUUGCUGAAUAUUUAUACCAUAAGAAUAUUUAAGUAAUAUUAGUUCAUUAAUAUAAACCCAGUAUAUUUAAAAUAUUUUUGAUUGAGAUCAUGAAGUGAUUGAUGUUAGACCCUCACAAUUGAAAACCUGGAAGCACUGGACGGCCGUUUCGUCCUAUUGUGGGACUCCUCAGCAGUGCGCAUAUGCUUUGCAUAGUGAGAGCUGGUAUUGGUGUUCUGGAUUCAAGUGGACGGGUUAAGCGAACAUAAGACCAAUGAGACGCUAGGCUGCUCAUACCGGUCGAAGGUCAUUGGUUUGGCACAGUGCUAAGAUUUUACGUGAUUUCUAGGGGCCCAUAAAGACACAACUAUAACAUCAAAACGUAAAAAAAUACAACAAUUAUGUAUCAAACUAAAUCUUACAAGUUUCAGUAUGCAAAAAUACAAUAGUUUUAGUAUUUAAUGUUUGUAUAACAAAAAUAUAAACAUUAACUUCAUAUAGAACAGUUCCAUAGGUUUAACUUUACCGAAUACGUAUUUCAACAUAGCAGUUUUGUCGUAUUGUAAUGAAAAGUUCAAAAUGUUACUGAUAAACUUACUACUUACAAAAAGACUUACUGAUUUUGGUAUUAGUUGAUAUUCUUAACUGAAGAAAAAAACUUUCUGUAAGCUCAUAGAAGUCGUUUGAUUUGGUGGGAGGCGGACAUAGACUAACUUGGUCUUUUUUCUUCUUAAACUGUAUAGCAAUAAUGCAUUACUUAAAUUAGUAUUUUGUUUACACAAUUCCUCCACAUGUUCUUCUUUUUCAAAAAAAAACAAACAAAAUAAUAGAAAUUCAAGUUACACAUGAAACAUUGAAGUUUUUCACUGAUUUAGUUGCUAAUCUUGGUCCAAAAUUACGUACAGCUACUUUAUUAUCAAAAGUUAGACGAGUUAGACAUGGACCAAUCACAGCGGAAAAUUCAUUACUUAUGAAACAUUUACAUAAUAUACCUAUUGAAUUUUAUCAUGAAUUUAUUCAAUGUAUCAAUGAUAUAUUAAUACAAUAUAAAAAACAUGAUAAAAAUUUAUCUAUACCAUUAGAAAUGGAUUUUAUAGAAGAUUUGAACUUAUUAAAAUGUUUAAUGAAUCGUACACAAGGUAAAUAUGGUUAUCAUGUAUUUGAGAAUUUGUUUCAAUGUAAUCAAUUAUAUUCAAUAGGAUUUGAAUGUACUAAACAAUAUAAAUAUCGUAUGAUUCCAAUAAAUUCUUAAUUAUUAUUGAUGAUUAUUAUUUGUAUAUUCCUACAAUGUGUACAUAAUGUUUCAAUAUAUUAAUUGUAUAUAAAUUUCAUGUAUUAUAACUUUCUGUUUAUGAAAAUCAUCAUUUAGAAAAAAAUGUUUUGUAAACCUUUGUACGAAAUGAUUAUAUUAUGUUAGGUAAACUCACUUUGAGAGUCUUUUGCUUGUUUAUUCUUAUCAGUCCUACUCACUAACUUCUCGCGGCAUUACAGUUGUUUCCAAAAUUGAGAGGACGAAUAGCAAACGUCCGGUGUUUUAACCGAGUUAGUGGAUACGGAGGAUCCACCUAGAAAAGUUGGAAAACCCUAAUUCCAAACCAAUGGUGUACAUGGGCUCCAAGAUCCUACGGAAACAAAUGACGUAUGAGCCAGUUAUUGAUCACGAGCUACCAUGUGACUGCAUCCUUAUGUUGCUCCACUGUCUUGUGGAUUAGACCUUUAGAUGAAAGGUUUGAGGUGUUGCCCUCUAAGAAAACCAUCUUCUUCGGUUUGAGCACCUGGGCAAUAUCCCAGCCCUCACACAAUUCGAAUGAAUGAUAUAUGUGGCGCAUAUCUGUUUGGUGCCUCCUUGUACCAAUGUUUAUGUGUUUAAAUAAAUGAAUAUAAAAUUAUUAUCAGUAAAUGAAAAUUGCCUAUAAGCACCAGUAUUUUUUUUAAAUGCAUAUGACAACCAAGUAGAAAGUGAAGUAUGUAUGCACUGAAUGAUAACUAUUCUACAUUAGUUAAUUAAUAAAAUCCAAGAAAAUUAUAUCAUUAUGUGUUGGUAGCAAUUUAGGGCCAGGAUUUUGAAUGGUGACUUCACGCGGGUUAUGGGUUCAACAAGGCAUAACAGAGAUUCACUACUGAAUCUAUAGAACAAAAAUGCUAGUUAACAUGGAGUCAUUGAGGAGUAUUACUUCGAGUAAUCUCUGUCUGUGAGACUAAAGUGAGUGUUAGAACUUUUCACAAGGUUCUGUAGAGAGUUCCACUACUAUAGUUUCUGGUAUAGUGUUCCACUACCUGCUGUUCCUUCUUCUCCAACUUUAACCUUAGCUGUAAUUUGCAACCGAGGCACAUACAGGGACUGUUGAGUUUACAUAGGAUAUGUUAGAUCAUGAUUGUAUCCAUCUAUUCUUUCUGUAUUGUACUUGUCACGUGUUUAGGUUCAUCUAACUGAGCGGGUUUCAUUUCUAAGUUUAAAUCGUUUUUUGGUUCCUCUGAACUGACUUUAAGAGUAAGAUACUCUUCUUAUCUUUAGGGAACGUGAUGGCGUUUUCUCCAGACUAUAUAUUUUGAAUCGUUUGAAACCUGGAGUAAGACUCAAUAUUUGGUACAUGAAAAAGAAGGGUUUAUUUAGCGUUAGCUCUUGGUCAUCUUAAGAAGUUUGGUUCUGGUGAAGAUAUCAAGUACACCACUUUUAUUUCCUAGUAGUUUUGUGAAACUACUGCCUGCUAUCUGAUUUCCGUGUAAAACAGUCGAACAGGAGAACCAUUUGCAGUGUUUGACUAAUUCCUCAUCUGAAAACCUCUGAGUGAUGUCCGCUUACCUUAGGAGAGAUAUCGCUCUCUUAGAUAAUGUCUAACGAAGAGCGGCAGGAAUGAUACUCUUCCUCUAAGAUAAACUCUACUCAGCUCGUCUUUACAUAUUAUGAGUGGAUUAGGGGAGAUGCGAUAGAAAUGCAUAAUAUCACUUAAAAUCCGCUUCAGCUAACAAACUGUAGCAUUUGUGCUGCACGCAUC